AUGAUUGCCCUCUAUGACUGCAUCAAUCGCUAUAUUGUCAAUUUUGAAAAACUGGGCAAAUCACUAGGGGAAGAUGACAUUUUCAAUGCGCUGCUAAACUCUUCGCGAAACUUGACAACUUCUAUUGCUAAGAUUAAUCUUCUCGUUGAAAGCCUCUACUCUUCGGUUAUUCUGCUCAACCUUUACAAACGUGAUCACAGUUUGGAAUCCAAACUUGGACCGUUUCUCCAGAAUCUGCAUCAGCUGGACAAGGUUACCUUUCUUACUGACAAGUACCUGAACGAAGCUCCAGUUGAAAGCGCUAUUUACCUGGGGGACUUUAUCUCUUUGUCUUUUCAACUCAACAUUGCUGGCGACAAAAGAAUCUUCUACAAGAUGCUGAUUUCGCUCAUUUGCUUUAGCAAAUCUAAAGAGUGUCGAGACAAAGCUAUUUCCCUGCUAAAUGAACUGGCGAAAUCAAACAGUAGUCUAAUCAGCGAAAUGGUGCAGACGUUUUUCGAUCUUUACGGCACUGAAGCGGAAACUACUGCGGUAGAAGACAGCAGUAAAAGCGACGCACAGUUUCUGGCGAAAUGCGUUCAGGUUCUCAUCAACUCUGAGCAAAUUGCCGAAAAAUCAGAGUUUGAAGUGCACAAGUUUGCCUUGGAAUGUGUGAAGAUAUGUCAUAUUCCACGGGUGUACCACUAUCAGCCAAAUCUGUUCCAGACUUUCCUGUGCAAACGAUUUGACAAGGGCGAAAUUGCCACUUUUGUGGAGAAGAACACUAGUGCUCUCGUCAACAUUGUCUUUAGCAGCAGUCUAUCUGAUCAGAUCAAGCUGAACACUGUCAAAACGCUCUCAAAGUUGAAUGCCAACAAGUUUAUCAGCUGCUUUGUUCGCGAGGUUAAUGCAAAUCUUGACCAGCUGUUGAUUCCGCUCAAAUCAGUGACCUCCACUGAGGUGGAAAUCUUUAAAACGCCACAAGGAACUCUCUAUGACAAGGCAGUUGUGAAAGCUGCUGGCGACACAAGCGCAGAUAAGAAUGUGCGUCGAGAGAACAAACUGUACUCUUUUAAAGAUCAGCUGGCGGAGAUGGAGUUGCGCAAGGAUCUGGAGGCAAAGAGUAAGCACACCGACCUCGAUUUGAGCAAGCUCACUAAAAAGCAAGAAGAGGUGUACAAGGCACAGCUGGCAAAGGAGGAGGACGUUCGAAAUCGCCUAAAGUUGCUCGAUGGAAAGCUGUCCUUUAACUUGGACGUCUUGCUCGCCAUGAUCCGCUCCAACCCUUUGGUCGCGUCGAUUCACUUUAAGGAAAUACCGUCCACCUUGGUCAACCUGUUUACGUCGGAGCUGUGUUACGAACGAAGCAAGGCCUUUACUCUGGCAAUCAGCCGCCCAAUGAUGGUCUCACCGGCAACCUGCAACGACCUCGAGUACAACAAGUUUGUGGACACUGCCGCCUUCACCCUGGUGCGUCUCUACCGCAACCCAGCUGACCCCGACAAUGAGCUGCUGCAGCUGAUUGCACGACUAGUUGAAUACCUCUACAAGCGCACCUGCCCAAACAGCGGCUCGGGCUAUGAUGAGACACUGAACCGAUUAGCGGCACAAAACCGCCUCUCGACUCCGGCAUUUGCCUUCGUCUUUCCGCUGUUGCGCUUUGUUUUGCUUCAGCUGAAAGCCUCGGCGGAAAACUAUGACCAGAUGGUGGACCGGUGUUUGCAAGUUAUUACCCAGCACUCGCUGCACCGAAAUGAUUCGGCUGAGAAGAAGGGGGACAGCGGCUUGAAGGACCCGCAAAAUAUGCCAAACAAACUGGUACUGGAGACGCUGGUCAAGUUUAUGGAAAAGAACUUGCCGGACCAUGAAAAGACGGCCGCCUCUGCGGUGAUUAGCACCGUUGGCUGCAUCAACGGCAGCGCUGGCUGUGGCAUGGCGUCACCGGGCGACAUAUUUGUGCUGCUAAACUCGCUCACCCAUCUCAACGACCUGAUCCGCCAGACGUGCUUUCAGGCGCUAGACGACCUGUCGACGGCCGUUUUGCCGCUCCUAAAGGAGGAGGACCACUGCAAGGAGAAGCUGCGACAUCGCGUCUUUAUCGGCCGCUUUGACACGCUGCCCGAGUGCCAGGCCUUUGCCAAUCAGAUAUUUGAGCGAUGCGCCUUUGAGACGAGCGGCAAAAUGCUGGAGACCAUUCUCGAGGACGACAUUGAGAAUGCCAAUGCAGUGCUCGUGGUGCCCGUGUCAGAGGCUUAUCGCUUCCUUCUCAAGCAGUACCCUGAACGGCUGGGCGAGUUUUAUGAAAAGCUGACCAAGUUUUACAGUGAAAAGGCCAAGGCGUCGGUUCCUUCGACGGACGCUUUCGGACGGCCGUUGGCAAAGGAUCACGUCGAUCACUACGAGCAGCGACUGGCCGUUGCGUGUAUCUUUAAAAACAUCGCCGAAUACUUUUCCGAGGAUCAAGUGAAGAGCUUCAUCAAGUUUCUCAUUCCCUCUGCCCUGAGCGACAACAAUGAGUCAGUUCGGAAUGUGAUGCUCGAAGCCGGCUGUCAGCUGAUUGACUUUCACGGAAAGAACAAUGUCAACUACCUGCUAGAUGUGUUUGAGGUCUUUCUCGAUUCAGCCCCUGACGACCACCGAAACGACCUGGUGCGCAAGAGUGUCAUCAUCUUUAUGGGCACGCUGGCCAAGCAUAUUGACGGCAGCAAUCCCAAACUGAAGCCCAUUCUCAGCAAACUGGUGGAGACACUGUCCACCCCGUCGCAGAUUGUCCAGGAGGCGGUGGCCAACUGCCUGCAGUACCUGAUUCCCAAGUUCAUCGACGACGCGCCGGCACUCCUUCAAAAGCUGCUUCAAUUUCUCUUUGAGUCGGAAAUUUACGGCGAGCGAAAGGGCGCCGCCUACGGCAUUGCCGGCAUCGUCAAGGGACUGGGCAUUCUCUCGCUCAACAAGCUGGGCAUCAUGGACGCCCUGACGCAGGCGAUUCAGGCCAAGGACAAGCCCAACAAUCGCGAAGGGGCGCUCUUUGCCUUUGAGAUGCUCUCCUCCAUGCUGGGCCGCCUCUUUGAGCCGUACAUUGUCCACAUUCUGCCGCACCUCCUCGACUGCUUUGGCGACUCGAGCGUCCGCGUGCGCCAGGCGGCCGAUGACAGCGCCAAGGUGAUCAUGUCCAAGCUGAGCGCUCCCGGCGUGACGCUCAUUUACCCGGCCAUUUUGACCGCCCUGGAGGACGACUCGUGGCGCAAAAAGACCAGCUCCAUUGAGCUGCUCGGCUCGAUGGCGUACUGUGCGCCCAAGCAGCUCUCGCAGUGUCUGCCCAAGAUUGUCCCCAAGCUGAUGGACGUCAUUACCGACUCGCACCCCAAGGUGCAGCGCUCUGCGGCGCAGGCACUCAAGCAGAUUGGCUCGGUGAUCAAGAACCCCGAGAUUCAGGCGAUUGUGCCGACGCUGCUGGAGGCGCUGCAGGAUCCGGCCAACAAGACCAACACCAGCCUCAACACGAUGCUCACCAUGAAGUUUGUGCACGUCAUUGACCCGCCCUCGCUCGCCCUCAUUAUGCCCGUCAUUGAGCGAGCUUUUCUCAAUCGCUCCACUGAAACGCGCAAAAUGGCCUCGCAGAUUAUCGGCAACAUGAACGCGCUCACCAAGAGCAAGGACCUGUCGCCCUAUCUGCCGUCCAUUAUUCCCGGCCUCAAAAACUCGCUCCUCGAUCCGGUGCCCGAGGUGCGCGGCGUCACUGCGCGCGCUCUCGGCGCCAUGGUCAAGAGUCUGGGCGAGGAGAUUCUCGCCGACCUGCUGCCCUGGCUCAAGAGCAUGCUCAUCUCGGAGAUGAGCUCGGUGGAUCGGUCGGGAGCGGCGCAGGGCCUGUCCGAGGUGCUCGGCGGUCUGGGCGUCAACAGCCUGCAGACCUUUAUGCCGGAAAUUAUCGCCAUCACGGAGCGCACCGACGUGCCGCCGCACGUCAAGGACGGCUACAUAAUGAUGUUCAUCUACCUGCCGCUGGUCUUUACGCAGCACUUUGCCGCCUACAUUUCUCAGGUGGUCAAUCCCAUUUUGAAGGCGCUGGCGGAUGAAAAUGAAUUUGUGCGCGAAACCUCUCUCCGAGCGGGCCAGCAAAUUGUCAACAUGUACGCAGAGACGGCCAUUCAGCUGCUGCUGCCCGAGCUGGAGCGCGGCCUCUUUGAUGACAACUGGCGAAUUCGCUACAGCUCGGUGCAGCUGCUGGGCGACCUGCUCUUUAAGAUUAUCGGCGUCACGGGCAAGAUGACCACCGAGUCGCACAGCGAGGACGACAACUUUGGCACGGAGCAGUCGCACAAGGCCAUUCUGGAUGCCUUUGGCGAGGACCGACGCAACACGAUUCUCUCUGGACUGUACAUGGGCCGCUCUGACGUGGCGCUGCAGGUGCGCCAGGCGUCUCUGCACGUCUGGAAGGUGGUGGUCACCAACACUCCCCGGACGCUGCGAGAAAUUUUGCCCGUCCUCUUUUCGCUGCUCCUCGGCGGCCUGGCCAGCAACUCGAGCGACCGACAGCAGGUGGCCGCCAGGACGCUGGGCGAUUUGGUGCGCAAGCUGGGCGAGCGAAUUCUCCCCGAGAUUAUUCCCAUUCUCGAGGAGGGACUGGAGUCGGAGCGCGCCGACCAGCGCCAGGGCGUGUGCAUUGGCCUGAGCGAGAUUAUCGCCUCGACGAGCAAGGAGAUGGUGCAGGCCUUUGCCGAGAGUCUCAUUCCCACGGUGAAGAAGGCGCUCUUUGACGAGCUGCCCGAGGUUCGCCAGGCCGCCGCGCAGACCUUUGACCAGCUCUACCUGGCGAUUGGCACCAAGGCACUGGAUGGCAUCCUCGCCAACCUCGUUGACAGCCUCGACGACCCGAAUGCGGUGGAGCAGACGCUGGACACGCUGCGAAACAUGAUUUCAUUCAAGAGCAAGGUCAUUUUGCCCUACCUGGUUCCCAAGGUAAUUGCCGAGCCAGUCAACACGCGAGCACUGUCGUUUAUCUCCUCGGUCGCAGGUGACUCUCUCUCCAAGUACCUGCCCAAGAUUAUUCCCGCCAUUUUGUCUGCCCUGAGCGCCUCGUUUGGCACUCCCGAAUAUGAACAGCAACUUGAAUACUGUCGCUCUGUCGUGGCGUCCAUUUCCGACGAGAAUGGCUCCCGAUCGGUGGUCAUUUGCCUGUUGGAGUCCAUCAGCUCGGAUGACUUAAACAUUCGCCGAGCGGCCACCACGCUGAUUGUCACCUACUGCGUGCACUCCAAGCCGGCCAACAUUUCCAGCUACCGCUCGCAGCUGUGGCGUGGACUGGUCUUUAUGCUCUCCUCGGAGGACGAGUUUAUCCUCAACCAGUCGAUUGAGGCGCUGCACGCCCUCACCAAGACCAUGGACAGCAAGGAGCAGAUUGAAAUGGUGGCGGAAAUUUCCAACGCCCUGCGCUACACCAUCAGCGACUAUGACAAUGUCAUUCUGCCUGGCUUUACCACCAACAAGGGCAUCCUCCCCAUGAUGAACAUUUUCAAGGAGGCGCUGCUCAACCCCAACAUGGACGUCAAGGAGUACGGCGCCACCGGGUACCGCGACAUUAUCAAGCACGCCAGUCCGGAGGCGCUCAAGCCCUCCGUCAUGGGCAUCACCGGGCCGCUGCUGCGAAUCGUCGCCGACCGCAUCUCCAACAGCAUCAAGGCCACCAUUAGCGACAUUCUCUCCAUCAUGAUUUUCAAAGCCGGCGCCCAGCUGAAGCCCUUUUACCCGCAGAUUCAGGUCUUUUUCAUGCGAUCUCUGGGCGACGCAAAUCGAAACGUGCGCCUUCAGGCGGCCGUGUCGCUGAGCCGCUUUGCCACGGUUCACGCCAAGAUUGACCUGUUUUUCGGCGAGCUCUUGACGCUGCUCAAAAACACCCCCCACAAUGAGCUGUGCAUGCGAGAGACGUCCUACUACGCCCUCCGACUGGCCAUCUCCUCGGCCGGGCAGCGAGCUUCCAAGGAGAUUCACCACCAGAUUAUUGAGAUUGUCUCGGGCGAAAAGGAGAGCACCAUUGACUCGUACCGCGUGACGGCCGCCUCGUGCCUAGGGGCGCUCUGUGCGGCAAUGGACGACAAGGACCUGUCGACCAUUGUGCACCUGCACCUGAUGAGCGACAAUCAAAAGGAGCUGUGGACUAUUCGCCACUUUCGCUCCAUUGUAAUGCGAAUCGCCCUCAAGGACUCGUUUAAUCGCCUCAUGUCGGAGCAGUACGAAUGGGGCGAGCAGCUGUACAGUGUCACGCUGAGCUUUAUCACCUCGACCAAUGUGCCCAUCAUUGUCAGCGGCAUCAAGACGGCGGCGUACAUAAUUGACCACUGCCUGGAGAAUAAGGUGCUGCCUAUGCAGCCUCUGGUGGCGGCCUAUGCCAGGGGAAUGAACAACUCCAACAAUGACGUCAAGCAGGCCGUGGCAGUGUCGACCAUUUUCUGGGCCAACCGGCGAAGCGAGUUUCCCAUUAUUCUCUACCGCACAAUAGUUCCGCUCCUGGUCAAUUGUUGCAAAGAAAAGAACACGGCAGUGCGAGUGCACGCUGAGCAGGCAUUGGUGGCCAUGCUAAAGCUCAAAGACCCAGAAUCGCCCGUCUACCAAAAGUGCCUCAAGGCGCUGGACUCGGGGGCGGCGGGCUCGCUGGCAGACUGCGUCGCCAAGAUGAAAAAGGCCAUUGCCAAGUGCGAGAUUAAGGAGGAGGAGUUUGACGACACGCUGCCCUCCAACCUCAAAGAAGUUUAA